CUCACUAUCUUUAAGUUUUCACGAUAUAGCUGAGAGAGAGAGAGAGAGAGAGAGAGAGAAGAGACAGUGAGAUAUUAGUAAAAAAAGACAGAAAUGGGUAAGAACAAUGCCAGAAUCCUCAUCACAGUUCUUGCUAUGGUUUUAACCGCAGCAAUGAUGAUCCAAGAAGCUAAGAGCAUUCCCCUAUGUAAAGUCAACACAAAUGACUUGCAGAAAUGUCGUCCAGCGGUCACUGGAAACUACCCGCCACCUCCGACUCCCGCCUGCUGCACAGUGGCCAAAACCGCGAACCUUGAAUGUCUCUGCCCGUUCCUCUCCCGGUCCGGGAUUGACCCAUCAAAACUCAAGGCUCUUUUAGCCAAUUGUGGCGUUAACAAUCCUUCCUGUUUGCCAUGAUUGAAAAACUGAGCUGGAGUGUACACAGGGAAGCCUGCCUCAUAUUUUGUCUAUAAGUUAUAAUGUCUUAUGGUGUACUCUAUUCGAAUAAAUCAACAACUUUUUCAAUUAAAUUUGAGUCACUUUUUCUAUUCAGAAGAACGUGAUCUAUCCGUUAGUGAAAACAAUAAAGUAUUGUUUUGGCUUAAUCCAUUGUGUUCUAUUU